GUGGAUCGAGAGCUUGUGAUUUAACUUUUCUUUUAUGUAUCAUGUAAGAAGCAAUGUUGUAUAUUUCAGUGGUCACUCAAUGGCUCGUAUCGUCGUUUGGUGUUGCGUGGUGGCUGCGUGCGCGUGGCGCGCGGCGGGGGAGUGGUACGACACCUUCACCGGCAACCAGAUCACGGAGGCCAGGGUGGCGGCGCUGCGGCUCAACAACCUCAUACCACUAUGCGCUAUUGAAGUGAAGAACUGUUCUCUAGUCGAGCCGCGGCGCUUCGACUACAGCUGCAACAACGUACACUACCCCUCUAGAGGGACUAUUUUUACCCCUUUUCACCGCUUGCUACCCCCCGACUUCCCUACAGACGGUGGACUGCGGACUACAAAGGCGGGUACACCGCUACCAAACGCAAGAGCUCUCCGAGUAGCCCUAGUACCAGAUGGAAGACUACCCAGCAAGAAAAACACCCAAUUGCUGACAAUCCUGACUACAGCUCUUGCAGGUGACACUACCAGCAUCCACGACACGUUCAACUACGUCGCCGUGACGAGGACUUGCUGCAUGCCUGGUGGGGAUCUGGACCGCCGUUGCAUGCCCAUUAGGGUCCCUGAUGACGACGUGCAUCUGAGGAGGAGCAACGUGCGCUGUAUGAACCUAACACGCUCUAUCACCUACCAGGGGUUGGGGUGCAUCCCUGACACUAUUCCACCGGAGAGGGUUAGCAUGGCAACUCCCAUGAUAGAUCUGUCGUUUGUGUACGGGCUCGAGGAAGCGAGCAUGAAUUCUGGGAGGGAGCGGUGGGGGGGACGACUGACUUCCGAGAAGCUGAAGGGGAAAGAUUGGCCUCCGGGUAACGGCUUCGGCUGUUUGCAGAACAAUCUGAACGAGACCAGGUGUCAUAACGCUCCCUUUCUGUUCGUCAACUCUUUGCUUCCAACCAACAUGUUCUAUCUCUGGAACCACCGGCAGCACAACUAUUUGGCAGAGAAGCUCGCCAAAGUGAACCCCUGCUGGGAUGACGACAAACUCUUCGCUGUGACCAGGGACAUCAACAUUGCUAUAUGGCAACAUAUAGCGUUCUAUGACUUCAUGCCUAACGUUGUAGAUUACGAGUUUCUAGUGAAAAAUGGUGUGAUAUUUCCCGGCCACGGACACGUGGAUGACUACGACCCGAAUCUGGAGCCACGCGUCAGCCUGGAGUAUACCGUCUUUUCCAGGUGGUUCCAUACUUUACAAGAGGGAAGACUCAACUUAUACGAUAACCAUGGAAAGAUCUUGAGGCAGCUAGCGACAGUAGAUAUGACUCUUCGCACGGGCGCGCUGCCCCUCAACAACACCCUGGAGGGGCUCACGCAGGGCAGCUUCCGGCAGCCAUGCGCCAGCACCGACAAGCUCCUCGAUCCUGACAUGGGUGAACGCGUUCUUGGCAGACUGGAAUUCGCGUCUGAUGUGGUGGCCGUGGACAUCAUGAAGGCUCGCGACAAUGGAUUGCCAUCCUACAACAAGUAUAGGGAACUGUGCAAGCUGCCAGUGGCGCACAACUUUGAAGACUUUUACAAAUGGCUUCCCAAGAAUCAAGCGGAGGCGUUCCAAAUGAUAUACGAGGAUGUGGAAGACGUGGAAGUGAUGGCAGGUCUGCUAGCGGAGCGGCCUAUGGGCGCGGGUGUGGUGGGCCCCACGCACGCCUGCAUCAUAGCGGACCAGAUGCUGCGCUGGCGGCGCGCCGACCGGUUCUGGUACGAGCACUCCGCGCACCCGGCCGCGCUCACACCAGAACAAUUGCAGGAGAUACGUAAAAUGACGAUGGCUAAGAUGCUGUGUGACCACGGAGACACCGUGGAUGCUGUGCAACCUAAUGCGUUCCAAGUGCCACGUCCGGGUAACGAGAUCAUCCCUUGCUCGGAAUACCCGGACAUGGACAUGGCCGCGUGGCGAGACGUUUCCUGCGCAAACAAACGCGGCAAAUGAAAACAAACUGUCAUCACUAUUAAUAAAAC